AUCUAACAACAAGCAUGCAUUUCAAAGUACUGCUGAUCAAUUGCUUUCUCUUUCUUAAAGCUAAUGGGUUUUUGUUCGAUGACAGAACAAAGCCUCCAACUUUAAGUGGACAAACUUUGACAGAUACUCAUUUUAAUAUGCUGAUGGAUCUAUUAACCGAGGAGAGACAUGCUCGACUGAAACAGAACGCAAAAAUUUUGCAAUUAGAGAACGAGUUGAUUGCCACUCAACAGGGUGUAACGACUAACUUCCUUGCUGCACACAGUGGUAACGAGACUGUGAAAACGAUAUUGGAUGUUAUGGAGGGAAAUAUAAAAAAAAUGGUUUCAAACUGUUCCAAUUUGCAAAAUGAAUAUAAUUUGGUUAAGGCAGAAUUGAACGAGUUGAGAUUAAAUGUGACAAGAACAAAUCAAUACGCCAGUCUUUUGGAACAGGAAUUAUCAAAUGUAAAGCAGCUAAAACAUGUAGCCAAUCUACAAACUGUCGUAAACUUAACUGAUGAUACGAAACGAUUAGAGCACGAACUGCUAAUUACGAAUAACAAAAUGAGUUCUAUUGCUAACGACGUCAGUGCUAGGAAACAGGAUUUUAUUGCACUUUUUAAUAAAGCCGAAUUAACAGAACGCAGCCUAGAUCUAGCAUUGAAAACAAUAGAAACCAAUUUUAGUUCACUACCCCAACAUACGGACGAUUCAUUAAACAAAUCAAUUUCGUAUAUUGAAACGCAAUUACAAAUGCUGAAAAGUAUGCAGACAGUAUCCACUGGAAAACUAGAAAAGGAGAUUCAUUCCAUGUCUGAUAGAGUUGCAGUAACAGCUUGUGCCUUAGACAAAACCUACUCAAGUGGUGAGAAAGUACUGUUUCCCUAUGUUAAGACAAAACUUGGAGUAACAGAUUCUGUGACAUCAUCUAUGAAAUCUACUGGAAUUUUUAAGUGCGAGAAACCUGGACUUUACCUUGUAUCCUCAUUCAUCGUGAGUCCGACAAACACCAAUGGAUAUUACUAUCUUAGGAAAAACGGCGCUUCUCUUGCGUUUGGCUAUUUUUCUCCAAAUGGUUACUCUCAGACAAGUACCAUUGUGCAGCUAAUACUCUUGAGUGUAAAUGAUACAUUAUAUAUAGCGAAUUAUGUCAGCAAGCGCAUAUAUGGAGAUCGUUAUUCCUGUAUAUCAAUAUUACAACUUACAGGAUAA